AUGCAUGAUGAUGAUGUGAAGUGCGCAAGAACUGAUACACAGGAAUGCACAGACAUUAAAAUGACUGCAAAUGGAAUAGAAAUUGGAUCUUUUUUCAAAAAUAAAGAGGUGACGACCACAUUGAAAUGUGGCGAAGAUGGAAGCUAUUCAAAUGGUGCAGUAGUGGGAAUCACUCAAUUGGCUUGUAAUUUCAUGGGAUGUGCCGAGCCUACACCAUGCAGUAAAUGCAAUGUAGACGCAUUGGUUCCGCAAAUGGAGCCAGGAACUAGUUUGACUUAUAAGCAAGUUCUAUUGAUUAAAAGUGAAAAGAACAUUAUUCAGUAUACGUUUGCCGACGGGACAACAACAGGUGUCGUGCUUGUAGAAGGUGUAUCUGUCACUAACGAAUUGCGUUGCAAUCUAAAUGGGGAACAUAUUUAUCAAUCAAAAGAAGUUACACAACUCAGUUGCAAAUUCGAUGACUGCGCGGAUCCGACUCCAUGCACCGCUUGCAAUUUUGCUGCUCUCACUCCACAACCCGCUGAUAUUGGUGGCAAACUAGUAGCCACAGAGAGCAUAGAUCGUCACGGGUGCACCGAAGCCCAAGUGAUUUGUUUUAGAGAAGAUAUUAAAGUGUGCGCAUCUGUAAAAUUGAUAGCACAGUGCAGCACAGGCACAGUGCAGCAGACGGUGGUAUGUCGGAACAAUAUUGUGUACCCUUAUGGAGAGCGAGAACCAGUAGCGUCAUUCUCGUGUGAAUUCACCACAUGUGCGUAA